CUCCACCCCACCUUUGGGGCUGUCGACCUUGUAUUCAGUAGGUGUUCCCCACUCACAUCUGCCUCUCGCCGUCCUUGAUUUCACCCUCCCCCAACCCCAUCCGCCCUCCACCCCCUUGUGUUUCACCCACCCCCCACUGCUGUUACCCCUCCCUGGCAUCACCCUUCCCCACUCCCUGACAGCACACUCCCUCAUCCCCAUACUUUAUCCCCGAUCUUGGAAAUCAGCCCUCCACUCUCCCACCAGCCAUCCUUCUUCUAUGCAUUCACCCUACACAUCUCUUGUCUGCCUUAUCACCUCAUAGGAUUCCCCCUUCCCCACUCCCAUCCUCCCCUUCCCCUUCGGGUUGUCCCUUAACC